AUGGAAAAGUACAACGCGGGUAAAAUGGUUGGAAGAGGAGGCUUCGGCAAGGCCUUCCUCUGCUCCAGAAUUCACGACGACAAGGCUUGUAUUAUCAAAAAAGUGGACGUGGCUAGGCUUUCGUUCAAGGAGCGCCAAAAGGCAACUGAUGAAGCUAACCUUCUGGCGAAGCUCUCGCAUCCCAACAUCGUGCGCUACUGGGAAGGCUUCUUCGACGGGCUUGUCCUGUGCAUGGUCAUGGACUACGCUGAAGGCGGCGAUCUGAGCUCAUACCUGCAAUCUCGCCGUGAGGGAUCCAGAGUUCUCUACAUUGCAGAGGAGCAAGUGCUCGGCUGGCUUGUACAGAUGACCCGGGCCCUGGGCUACCUCCACGGCCAAAACAUUCUCCACAGAGACCUCAAGCCGCACAACAUCUUUCUCACGUGCUCGGGAGUGGUGAAACUCGGAGACUUCGGUAUAGCAAAGGUCUUGGAGAACACGAUUGACUUGGCGAGUACGAUUAUUGGUACACCGUCCUACAUGAGCCCGGAAAUGUUCCAGCACAAGGCAUACAACCACAAGGCCGACAUGUGGAGCCUGGGGUGUGUUCUCUACGAGAUGGUUUCCCUUCGCUGCAUGUUUCGAGGAAGCUUGAUUCAGAUGCUGGUAGCUCAAAGGGGUGGCCAACAGGAGCUGCCGCCGAUACCUUCAAGCUACAGCGCCGAGAUGCACCACCUGAUAAAGGGUCUCACUCAGAAUGACCCCGAGAUCGGCCCUUUGGAGGGCCCCGACUCUGCCGAAACCCUCGAGGUUCCGUGGGACACGAUGGAGAACGCCAGGAUGGAGGCUCUCCGCCAAGUCGAUUCGGGGGAUUUCGACAUCGGCAAUCCCGACAUGUUCAUAAAGCAAAUGCUCAACACGGAUUUGCUCAACAUCCUUCGACAAGUCGACUACGUAUUCGAGCGUGGCCACCGUUCGCCACGCGUCGCUGGUUUGAGGCAUCCCCGCAGCCCCAGGACGGCGCACCAGGAAUAUUCUCCUCUAACGAUUACCGGCUGGUGCGUGGGGGUGUUCGCGGUUGCGGCAGCAAUUAUGGUGCACGAGCCAUGGGUAGUUCUGUGCAAGAAGAAAGGUCCCGACUACAACUCAGCGUAUGGCCGGUUUGAAACAGCGUCGAGGACCCUGACGGAGUCGGUCAAGUUCGGGGUAGUUGAUUGCUUUGGCUCUCUCCCUUCCGGCAAGAGCAUCAUCCAGAAGUUCGGCCUCACGAACCGGUUGAACACGCCUAUUCUGUUCGUCGCGGGAGCCGAAAUGAAGCCGGUACAAGCCUCUCCCUGGAACAUGGAUAGCGAAGCCUCCUUGGUGAAGUGGGCGAGUAUCGCCAUAACGCCCGCGGCCUCGCCUGUAACUUCGACGCGCUCGCUGGAGACCAAGUGCAUGAAGAAGGAACAGUGCGUCCUGAUAAUGCUGGCGGGCCAGCUAGAGAGUGCCGACGACUACGCGCUGAAGGAGGUGAUGGCUCGCCACCGCAAAGUUAGGUUUGUCAGCAUGGAUGCGACCAAGCUCGAAACGUCGAUCGAGAAGCGUUUCGACAUCAAGCCGGUCGACGGGGCUCACCACUUCGUGCACUUCACCCGCUACAACGUUCCUGUGAAUGCCAAGGCGGGUACGCCUCGUUGGGGCGUGCAGGUAUACCGUGGAAAACUUGACACGGAUUCGAUGUCGGCGUUCUUGGGAGGCAAUGAGGAGAAACAGGGGCUCAGGCACGCACCCACGGUUUCUACCCGAAAGGCAACGAAGAAGAAGCGGCCAGAAGAAGCAGCCGCGAGUCAGGGCGACAUCCAGGCACCCUGAUGCUAAUGCGAGACCGUAGUGGGGCGAUGUACCGACCGGCAAAUGUAGACGAUGACUGAGUUACAACGUUACCAUACACAUUUGAGGUUUUCAACGGGUUAGACUUCUUUGGGCGAUGUGAAUGAUCGACCGGGCUUUUUGGUUCCGCGUUUCGUGAAAGCG